CGGUGGAGCCCGGGCGCCGCGGGGGCGGCGGGGCCAUGGCCUCGCUGGACCUGCCGUACCGCUGCCCCCGCUGCGGGGAGCACAAACGCUUCCGGAGCCUGUCGUCGCUGCGCGCGCACCUGGAGUACAGCCACACGUACGAGACGCUCUACAUCCUCUCCAAGACCAACAGCAUCUGCGACGGCGCUGCAGCCGCGGCCGCGGCCGCCGCCGCCUCGGGCUUCCAGCUGGCGCCCGAGCCCGCCGCCCUGCUGGCCGUGCCCGGCGCCCGGCGCGAGGUCUUCGAGAGCACGUCCUUCCAGGGCAAGGAGCAGGCGGCCGGGCCGUCGCCCGCAGCGCCACACCUCCUGCACCACCAUCACCACCACGCACCCCUCGCCCACUUCCCCAGCGACCUGGUGCCCGCCAGCCUGCCCUGCGAGGAGCUGGCUGAGCCGGGCCUUGUGCCCGCUGCCGCCGCGCGCUACGCGCUGCGCGAGAUCGAGAUCCCGCUGGGGGAGCUGUUCGCCCGCAAGUCCGUGGCCUCCUCGGCGUGCUCGACGCCGCCGCCCGGGCCCGGCCCCGGCGCUUGCUCCGGGCCCGCCUCCGCCUCGCCUGCGUCGCCCUCGCCCGCAGAUGUGGCUUACGAGGAGGGUCUGGCGCGCCUCAAGAUCCGUGCGCUGGAGAAGCUGGAGGUGGACCGGCGGCUGGAGCGGCUGAGCGAAGAGGUGGAGCAGAAGAUCGCGGGCCAGGUGGGCCGGCUGCAGGCAGAGCUGGAGCGCAAGGCGGCGGAGCUGGAGACGGCGCGGCAAGAGAGCGCGCGGCUGGGGCGCGAGAAGGAGGAGCUGGAGGAGCGCGCGUCCGAGCUCUCGCGCCAGGUGGACGUGAGUGUGGAGCUGCUGGCCUCGCUUAAGCAGGACCUGGUGCACAAGGAACAGGAGCUGAGCCGCAAGCAGCAGGAGGUGGUGCAGAUCGACCAGUUCCUGAAGGAGACAGCGGCACGGGAAGCCAGCGCCAAGCUGCGGCUGCAGCAGUUCAUUGAGGAGCUCCUUGAGCGUGCUGACCGUGCCGAGCGGCAGCUGCAGGUCAUCAGCAGCAGCUGUGGCAGCACACCUAGCGCCAGCCUGGGCCGUGGAGGUGGGGCAGGUGGCGCUGGGCCUGGCACCCGGGGGCCAGGCAGAAUGCGAGAACACCACGCGGGCCCAGCCAUGCCUAGUACGUACGCGGUGUCACGGCAUGGUUCCUCUCCCAGCACAGGGGCCUCCAGCCGCGUCCCAGCUGCCUCCCAGAGCUCAGGCUGCUAUGACAGUGACAGUCUGGAGCUGCCCCGGCCAGAAGAGGGGACCCCUGAGGACAGCGGCCCUGGGGGCUUGGGCACACGGGCCCAGGCUGCCAACGGCGGCUCAGAGAGGGCCCAGCUCCCUCGCAGCUCAGGCCUGCGGCGCCAGGCCAUCCAGAAUUGGCAGCGCAGACCCCGUCGACACAGCACGGAGGGGGAGGAGGGGGACAUCUCGGACGUGGGCUCCCGAACGACUGAGUCAGAGGCUGAGGGCCCCUCGGAUGUCCCCCGUCCUGGGCCUGCAAUGGCUGGGCCGUUGAGCAGCUGCCGGCUCUCAACCCGCCCUGAGGGAGGCAGUGGGCGGGGUCGGCGAGCUGAGAGGGGCAGCCCCUCACGCUCCAACGAGGUCAUCAGCCCGGAGAUCCUCAAGAUGCGAGCCGCCCUGUUCUGCAUCUUCACCUACCUGGACACGCGCACGCUGCUGCAUGCCGCCGAGGUCUGCCGGGACUGGCGCUUCGUGGCCCGCCACCCCGCCGUCUGGACCCGAGUGUUGCUGGAGAAUGCCCGCGUCUGUUCCAAGUUCCUGGCAAUGCUGGCUCAGUGGUGCACCCAGGCCCACUCGCUGACACUUCAGAACCUGAAGCCCCGGCAGCGGGGCAAGAAGGAGAGCAAGGAGGAGUAUGCCCGGAGCACCCGGGGCUGCCUGGAAGCAGGGCUGGAGUCCCUGUUGAAGGCGGCGGGGGGCAACCUGCUGAUCCUGCGCAUCUCUCACUGUCCCAACAUCCUCACCGACCGCUCACUCUGGCUGGCCAGCUGCUACUGCCGUGCCCUGCAGGCCGUCACCUACAGGAGUGCCACAGACCCUGUGGGCCACGAGGUCAUUUGGGCCCUGGGCGCAGGCUGCAGAGAGAUUGUCUCCCUCCAGGUCGCGCCACUUCACCCCUGCCAGCAGCCCAUGCGUUUCAGUAACCGCUGCCUACAGAUGAUCGGUCGCUGUUGGCCCCACCUCCGGGCCCUGGGGGUUGGGGGCGCCGGCUGUGGGGUGCAGGGCCUGGCAUCACUUGCGAGAAACUGCAUGCGGCUGCAGGUCCUGGAGCUGGACCACGUGUCGGAGAUCACCCAGGAGGUGGCGGCUGAGGUCUGCCGGGAAGGUCUGAAGGGACUGGAGAUGCUGGUGCUCACAGCCACCCCCGUCACCCCCAAGGCCCUGCUGCAUUUCAACAGCAUUUGCCGAAACCUCAAGUCCAUUGUGGUCCAGAUUGGGAUUGCCGAUUAUUUCAAAGAGCCCAGCAGUCCUGAGGCCCAGAAGCUGUUUGAGGACAUGGUGACAAAACUCCAGGCCCUGCGCCGGAGGCCCGGCUUCUCUAAGAUCCUGCACAUCAAAGUGGAAGGCGGCUGCUAACCCGGGUAGGGGGCGGCAGGGCCCCUGCCAGCCCCACACCAGGGCACUCUUUGGACCUCCAGAGGGACCCUGAUUUGGACUUGACCUUCAGAGGCCUGGUGUUAUCCCUGGCUCCCAGGGAGGGGUUGACAGCUUCCUGUCCUCCUCCUGGGACAGUGGAGCAACAGGCCUGGCCCUGGGCACUGCCUCUGCAGGGCAGGGGCUUGGACAGAAGUUGCCCUCCUACCCCCACUCCACCCCCAGCUGAAGCAGCCUUCUGGGCACAGCCAGUGAGGAGCUGAGUCACUACCAGCACCUGGUGUCACCGCCCGGAGGA